CUGAGGCCUACUAAAUUUUAUAGUAUAUUCAAGUCUGAACGCUUUCCGAUUUUCUGCUGAAAAAGGUAAAAUCCAUUUUUCCAAUUCUCUUCCGCCAUUUAAAAUCUUUUCAUUGCUCCACUUUUUUCAAGAACAACAACUGGGGCCUCUCCUCCUCUGUCGAAUACUGCUCAAAAUACCUUCAAUUUCUCUCUUGCUCUGACAUACACUCCUUUCUCAUACUCCCCCAAUCUUUGCACUAAUCGUCUUCGCUCUUCGAUAUAUUUUAUAAUCUUAGUUUCCUGAUUCAAUACAUGCCUUUAAAUACUGCAAUACUAAACAAAGAUUGCUCCUUUCUGCCUGCUCUCUGGUAUUUGGAUUUCUGGAUUUGAGGAGUUCCACAUUUUGAGAUUUUUUUUAUUGCGGUGUGCUGUUUCCUUAUUGAGAAUGCAUGGGAUUUCAGCCUACAAGGAAUUGGGUGAAAUCAGAGAUGGAAGACAUUUCUAGAUUGGGGCCAUUACCUAAUACAACAUCUAGGAAUCUCUCAUCAUCUUCAUCGGCAUUUUUCUCUGCAAACCAGUCCCCCUUCUUCUCCCCGAGAUCAUCAACCUGUCGUAAAUCCGCGCAUUCUGAUGAAUUGUGCCCCUCCGCCACCACAACCGCAGAUAAUGGGGAUACAAGUUUGCAUAACACCGAAUCAGAACUCCUCAUGAGUAUCCGGCUCGCCUCAGCAGAUGUUGCUGAAGCGUGUACCUCAAGUGAUCCUCUCAAGUUGGGAGCUGUUUCUUCUUCGACAGGUGUAUCUAAAAGUCCCUUUUCUAGUAAUGAAGCUUUGCAUCAAAAUGAUUGUUCUAAGCAGAAAGGUAAAGGGAAAAGGGUUGAGAGGUUGCUUGAAAUCAAAGUUCCCCCGACUUCGUAUACAUCUAAUAGGCUGAGGAGCUGUGAUGUUUAUGUAGGGUUUUACGGCCGGAAGCCUUUGUUACUUAGAUUUGCGAACUGGCUUCGCGCUGAGUUAGAGGUUCAAGGUUUGAGCUGCUUUCUGACUGAUCGGUCUAGAUGCCGGAAUUCUCGUAAGCACAACAUUGUUGAGAAAGCUAUGGAUGCUUGUACGUACGGAGUUGUUAUUCUGACAAAGAAGUCAUUCAGGAAUCCAUACACCAUUGAAGAGCUGAGGUUUUUCUCGAGCAAGAAGAAUUUAGUUCCGAUAUACUUUGAUCUGGGUCCCGAUGACUGCCUUGUCAGGGAUAUAAUUGAGAAGAGAGGGGAGCUGUGGGAGAAAUAUGGCGGUGAACUAUGGUUACUUUACGGAGGGGUUGAGAAGGAAUGGAAGGACGCAUUAGGCGCACUUUCUCGUGUUGAUGAGUGGAAACUAGAGGCUCGUGACGGGCAGUGGAGGGAUUGCAUACUAAGAGCAGUUUCUCUUUUGGCGUUGAGGUUAGGGAGGAGAAGUGUUGUAGAUCGAGUAACAAAGUGGAGAGAGAAGGCCGAGAAAGAGGAGUUCCCUUUCCCUCGAAACGAGAACUUUGUUGGUAGGAAAAAGGAGUUAUCCGAGCUGGAGUUCAUGCUUUUUGGGGAUGUCAGUGGAGAUGCUGAGCGAGACUACUUUGAACUCAAGGCUAGACCAAGGAGGAAGAACUUGACGAUUGCGUGGGGAAGGACUAGCUCAAUAGAUGAGAAGCAGAGAGACCGACAAAGUGAGAGUAGUAAGCGUAAGGGAAAAGAACCAAUUGAAUGGAGGGAAUCAGAAAAGGCGAUUGAGAUGCAAAACACCGAAUUUCCUCAACCACAGCAGCAGUACACUGCAAAGCCGAAGAAUGCUAGAAAGCACGGAAGGAGAAGAUCGAUGAAAGUUGUAUAUGGCAAGGGAAUCGCUUGCGUAUCAGGUGACUCGGGAAUUGGCAAGACCGAGCUCGUUCUAGAGUUUGCAUACCGGUUCCAUCAAAGGUAUAAAAUGAUUCUUUGGGUAGGAGGUGAGAGCAGAUACAUUCGCCAGAACUAUAUGAACUUGUGGUCAUUCCUUGAAAUAGACGUAGGCGUGGAGAGCUGCGCGGAGAAAAGUCGGCCAAAGAGCUUUGAAGAGCAAGAGGAAGCAGCCAUAGCCAGAAUCCGAAAGGAGCUCAUGAGGAACAUUCCUUUUCUAGUGGUGAUCGACAAUUUGGAGAGCGAAAAGGAUUGGUGGGAUCACAAACACGUAAUGGACCUGCUCCCCCGAUUUGGAGGAGAGACGCACGUCAUCAUAUGCACACGCUUGUCCCGGAUAAUGAAUCUCGAACCAUUGAGGCUCUCUUACUUGUCAGGGGUCGAGGCAAUGUCUUUGAUGCAGGGUGUUGUGAAGGAUCAAUCGGUUGCUGAGAUUGAUGCGCUACGCGUUAUUGAGGAGAGAUUGGGACGGCUAACCCUAGGCUUAGCUAUCGUAGGAGCUAUUCUCUCCGAGCUUCCUAUCACGCCUAGUAGGCUUCUCGACACCAUAAACAGGAUGCCUUCCAAGGUUUUAUCAUGGACUGGUCGUGAAAAUCAUCCCCUCAGGCGGAACAACUUCCUUUUGCAGCUCUUUGAAGUUUGCUUCUCCAUAUUCGACCACGCAGACGGGCCAAGGAGCCUCGCAACUCGGAUGGUUCUUGCAAGCGGUUGGUUCGCCCCAGCGCCAAUACCUCUACCCAUUUUAGCCAUGGCUGCGAAGAAAAUACCUGAGAAGAAGCACCACAGACGGCUUUGGAGAAAGAUCAUCGCUUCUUUAGCUUGCAGCCUCACAUUGUCAUUUGCUCGAAGAUCAGAAGCAGAAGCCUCUUCACUGCUGCUGAGAUUCAACAUGGCAAGAAGCUGCACAAGGCAGGGCUGUGUUCAGUUCAACCACCUCGUCAAGCUCUACUCGCGGAAGAGAGGGAUCUCCGGUGUCCCACAAGCCAUGGUGCAUGCUGUCAUCGCCCGGGGCUCCAUAUCCCACAACUCCGACCACAUAUGGGCUGCAUGCUUCCUGCUGCUCGGAUUCGGGAAGGACCCCAUCGUUGUUGAGCUCAAGGUGACGCAGCUGCUGCUCCUCGUCAAAGAGGUGAUCCUGCCGCUUGCCAUAAGGACAUUCAUCACCUUCUCCCGUUGCAACGCUGCUCUGGAGCUGCUCCGGCUCUGCACGGACGCGCUAGAAGCAACGGAUCAAGAACUCGUCACCCCAGUGAACAAGUGGCUGGACAAGUCGUUGUGCUGGAAGCCGAUACAGACGAACGCGCAGCUGAACCCUUGCCUGUGGCAGGAUCUUGCAUUGGCUAGAGCCACCGUGCUCGAAAUCCGGGCGAAGCUGAUGGUGAGAGGCGGGAAAUUCGAUAUCGGAGACGAUCUGAUAAGGAAGGCUGUUUACAUUAGAACUUCAAUCUGCGGUGAGGAUCAUCCAGACACCAUCUCUGCUCGUGACACUCUCACAAAACUCACUAGAAUUAUUGCUACUGUUCAAACUCAUAUUUCACCCUAGAUUUUUUUUUUUUUUUAAUUUAUUUUCAUGGCGUCAGAGUUCAUAAUAGAAGUAUAGUACAGAAUUUUGAAUAAGCUGCAUUCUAUAUUCAAUGGAAUUUCUAUACCACUUUCCACCCUAAA